UGAAUUGUUGGAGAAACCCAAGAAGAUAUCGGAUAUUUGUUUGGUAAAUGAUCAUUAUAUUUUGGUAAAAAUGCCCCAGCAGGACAACACUUCAACGAAUAAUAAUUUAGCUGAAGCAGCAGCACGUCGUAAGGAGUUUAGAGCCUUAAAGGAGCACCACAAUGAACACAUUUUAAAACAAUGUGAAACAGACAAUAAGAAAUUGUGUCGUUAUUUAAGACGCAAUCGGAAUUGUGUAACACGAAUUGCUCCCAUUCAUGAAGAACCAGAGGACUUGAGCGAUAGCGAAAAUAAACCGGUAAAAACACAUUCCAAAUUAUAUUGUCUGAAAAUGCAAUCCUGUUGGCAAAACAAUAAUGAGCCGGAACCAGAAACUUAUCAGACGGAAACCAAAAUUAUUAAAACCCUUCCAAAUUCCUCCCCAGUAACAGCCUGUAAUCGGCAGGAAGGUAUAUCUAAACCUCCGCCUAUAUGCCAUGAAACUCAACAUCCCCAGAAUAUACAAACCAUAUCAGAAUCUGUAUUAAAGUCUUCCCUACAACAUCAGGUCACCAUACAAAGUUAUGGUUCCCUUAAAGAUACUGAGAAAAGCAAUAAAUUGGAAAUAAUUAAUAGUCCACGUCGCAGAAAAUGUCCACGUUUUGAAAGUUUUUAUUGGCUACUGCGUCCCUUUCAUGGUAAAUAUCGCAAAUCUAAACCGAAAAUUCAAGCUGUUGUAUAUAAAACAUAUUUUGUUAAAUGGACCAAACCACCCGAUACUCUAAAUCAUGGUUAUGGCGUGAAAUCGCCCAAGUCCUCGGAUAGCGAAGUGUCUGUUCUAAGACGCUGUCGUUCAGCUUUAUUUUGAAAUCAUAAGUUAACAACUAAUAGAUAUAUAUUUUAUAUA